GUGGUCGUUAAAAAAAAUAAAAAUAUAAAAACUUCUUUUGCCGACCUCAAGAGACGGUGGUCAAUUGAAUGCUUUUGACAUUUAUGUGAUGUUGUCUGUGAUAAUAUUCAGUUGAUUUCAAAAGGAUAUUCCUUCCUUUGUGAUAAAAAUGGUGACUAACGCGCAGUGGCUUCUAAUUUUUGGAAUAUAUGUACUACAAUUUUCUGAGCUAAAGACCCAAGAGCAAAACUCUUUAAAAGAUGGCCGAGAGAAGAAACCUCAAUCUGUCAGGGAUCUCCUUAAGACGGGGUCAUGCAUUCCACCUCCAUUUAGAUGUCCACAUCCUAAGAUGCAGUAUUAUCUUUACACAAGAUCGACUCAAGAGAAAGGCGAAUUAAUAAAUACACUUGACAAUGACUCGCUUACAUAUUCAAAAUUUAACAAAAAACAUCCAACAAAGAUCGUCGUGCAUGGGUUCGGAGGGGGCAGAAAUCUAUCCCCAAGUACUGAUAUGAGAGAAGCGUAUUUCAAGCAAGGAAACUAUAAUAUCAUCAUCGUUGAUUAUGGAACACUUGUGAAGGAACCUUGUCUCAGUCAGAUAGAGUGGGCUCCUCGGUUCGCAAGUAUGUGCAUAACCCAGCUGGUGGAGUACUUACAGUAUCACCCUAUCAAGCCAGUACCGCCGGAGAAGAUACAUACCAUUGGCUACAGUGUUGGCGCACACAUUCUUGGCCUUGUCGCCAAUCAUUUAUCUGAGGGCAAGCUUGGACGAAUAACUGGUCUUGACCCCACAAUAUUCUUCUACAUGGGCAAUAAUAGAUCACGGGACCUCGAUUACACUGACGCUCACUUUGUGGACAUCUUGCACACUGGCGCGGGCAUCCUCGGUCAGUGGGGCCCCAACGGCCAUGCAGAUUUCUACGUCAAUGGUGGUUCCAGUCAGCCAGGAUGCGCACAUGAUACUAUAUUCCAAACUCUUUCAUGCGAUCACACAAAAGUAACUCCAUACUUCAUUGAGUCUAUCAACAGCCAGGUUGGUUUCUGGGCCGGCCCCUGUCCCAAUCUCUUCUCGUAUUUGAUCGGCUGGUGUGAACCCAAGGACACCGAGUACGUGCUCAUGGGAGAACACGUCACGCAUGACGCCAGAGGAGUGUAUUAUGUUACUACAAACGCGAAUCCUCCCUAUGCUAGAGGCUUCCCGGGAAAGUCCCGAAGACUUAGAUCUGUGACUUCAUACAGUUGAUUAAAUUUUAUAGAAUAUUCGUUUUCAGGGAAUUUCUUGUGCAUAGACAUUUAUUUUAAUUCGUACCUAGUUCAUUAUUAGAUUAUAUUUCCUACCUCAAAUAUGGUGUCGAGUUAAUUGAUAAGCUUAUGAUAAACAACAUCGUAUACUCAACCUUUCACUAUAAUAAUAAGCGCCUGUAAGUGCUAAAUGUACUGUGAGUAACAGCUGGAGAUUGAUCCGAAGCUAGCAGCCUGACG